AUGGAUUAUGAUCAACAAUUAUUUAUUAAUCAACUUAGUUCAAUAAAAUACACCGAAGAAAAACUUGAUGAACUCAAUUUACCUAGUAAAUCUUCUACCGGAACCAUCAACGAUGAAAAUGAUCUGGAUUUGAAGACAAAUAUCGUUCAAUGUUUGAAUGAAGAAGUUCAAAGCGUAAGACCGUUUAUUCAAUCGAAAAGUGACGAUCAAAUUGUACCGAAGAGAUCCCUCUUUCAUUUGAUUAUUCAUGGAUCCAAGCAAUUUUCUUCCUACAAGUAUCAAUUUUAUCCUUCUGAAGGAUCCUUAUUGAACGUUAUUCAAUGGCAGAAGUUAAUUAGUUGGAGUGGGAAAAAAGACUGGAAAUUAUUUCCAAACUAUGGUCCGACAUUUGGUCACGGUGCUGAUCUAUUUGUUUGUUCAGAGAGUAAUCUCAUCGGUGAAUCAUAUUCGAAAUUCUCUUCAUCAUAUCGUGAUCCAACUGGUUUAGGAUGGAAAUCUUUAACCGGAAAGCAACAAUUUCUUAUCGAUGACAUUGAAAUCUACCAUUGA